AUGGAGGCCGAGCACAAAACGUGGCGGCUCUCCUCCACUUUGAAGAUGAGCGGCAAGAAUCGUAGGAUUCAAGAGUCCCCGCGUGGUGACCGGAGCAGAUGCACUUGCGUGCUCGUCCUUGUUCUGUUAGGGCAGUGCGCGCUGAUCGACGCGUUUCGCGCGGCCCCGCCUGGAGCUCGUCUGGAGCGUGAGGUUCCUGCAACCUUCGAGGCGGAGUCUGGGCAUCACCUGAGCCAGCAACCGUCCACGGCGGGGCGAUCUCACCCCGAGGACCCACCGAACCUCGCCGCAGACUCACUGCCUGGCGCGCGUCGUGGUCGGAACACCCUAGCCACGGAGCCUGUUCACAGUUCACAGUUUCCGCACUCGGAUGGAGAACUUGUCUCAGCAGCCGUCUACGCCCGCGGAGCGGCGCCGUCAGUCAGUGCCCGUUUUUCACCAACGCUUCCCCCUGCGCGUGUCCUGCCGACUCCGGGGGACACGUCGGCUGCGACCAGUCCUCCCGCCCCGGCUGUCGUCCCCGAGACGGCGGCCGCUCCUGUGUCGCUGACGCGUUCGCUGGAAGCGACAGCUUUGGCGAUGCACGCGAGCGCAACAGACUCGCCUCUCCCCGUCGGCUCUGUUGAACACGAGCACGAGGUGUCUACGGUCCUGGCUGCGGACGAAGAAGCUGGGACACAGCCGGUCCCUGGCACUGUAGUCCCUGGUCCGUUGAGGAGCGAGAAUGCAGUAGGCGAAAACUCCCCCGUUUCUCCGCAAAUCCCGGGGCUUGAGAGGCCGACGGAGCAGGAGAGAGUGCAGGACGCGUGGUCAGAGGAGCGCGUAGGAGCGUCGACGAUCGCGAGACGAGAUGACAGUCCGUUCGGCGAAAGAGCUCCCUCCCAAGGCGUUGCGGCAGAGCAGAGAUCGACAAAAAAGGAGACUUCGGAUUCGCAAGUAACAGGGGACGCGCUCGCAGUCCAAGCAGCUGUCGCGCACGGAGAAACAAGACACAGUGUCGCGCUAUGGGCCCUCUUCGCAGACUUCGUGGCCAUGGCUCUCCUGAUCGCCAGCAUCCCCGUCGUCCUCAGUUUGGCUCGGGGAAGAAGUUGGAAGUUCUGGAAAGAGGAGGAAAUGACGUUCGAAGGAUCGUGUCAAGGUGAGUGA